GUCAGAGAUACUGACAUAGGCAGGCAGGUUGGUUGGCAGACGAAGAAGCAGCAGCGUGGUGGAACGUCGUCGUGUAUAGUCAUCGGAGAGAAAGAAAUUCGAGAAUAUAUUUUGCUCAAAGCUGGCGAAGCAUCCAGUGCAAAAUUACUACACAAUCGACAAUCGUCGUCAACCAUACAGUCCUGUGUUCAUUGUCGAUCUGGUCGUGUCGCGUGCGUGUGUUCUCCCAUUAAAAAAAAGUUAAUUGUGCUUAUUUUCCCUUUUGCACGGUGGGGCACUCCGAUCGAAUAUUGCUGCCCACUGCCCUGGCCUUCUCUGAUGAUUAUUUAUCAUCUGGGGGUUGUUUCCGUGAGAACAGAAAACUAAAAGGAGAAAAUUGUUUCAUUGUUCCCAUCGCGGUUGCCCAAUUUUUCGGUGGCGACACUCCAUUCGCGUAUCCAAGUAAGUGGAUCAGGAAAGGAUUUAGAAGAAGUGAAAAACUGCGUUUGAGGUGACGAAUUCUCUUCAAGGACGAACGAGCACCAGCAGCAGCAGCAUCUCGGGCAAGGAGGAUGAGAGAUUCGAUAACCAACUGGACUUGAUACUUUGUGCGUAUCAGGCCCCUUUGUCAGCUGGUUGACUCUGAAGGCAUUUCGGAGGGUUUGUGCAAAAUGACGUGACGUGAUAGAUAACGGUGAUGAUGUGUGGAGAUGUGCCAUAUUCGAGUGGAAAGGAAAAUGCAAGAAAAUAGAUCGGCGAUUAGGGUGCUAUGCCAGUAGUGAAAACAAAAAGAUUUGUUUUAGGUUUUUGUGUCACUCUUUAGACUGGUACAGAAUAGGCGACCACUAUUUUGCUGUUGUUUUUUGAUUUGGAAAAUCGCGUGGAUAUUGUCCGUCCGUUCUCGCAUUAAUAUUCGAUUGGCGAAGAAUCCGGAAGUUUGUUAUGGAAAGUCUAUAAGUGAUGGCAGCUAUGACGAUUACGUGUGUUGGUUUGGUUCGCGGAUUUUGCACGCGGUACUCUUCGCAUAGUUGAUCGUAAAUUGCUGAACGUACUUAUUCCAGUGAAUAUUUCUGCAGUAAUUACAUCAGAAACUGGUAGACAAAAUCGAGGUUUUUGUGUCGAUAAAGGUUAAAAGCAUCUCAUUGUGAUUCAGCAGAUUCCCCGAAUCAAAAGGUGAAUCUUUUCCACCUUUCCGUGAGAUUGAUUGUGUAGUGGUAAAAAAAGAUACUUGCUUGGCUACUGGUGCUAGCAGCAGUAACGGCGAAUGAUUCUUCGAGAAUUACGGAUUCCCUCAUUCCACACUGCGUGGUUCGUUGAGUGACCCCUCGCGUCGAGAUUCGGGAGGGUUCCGAUAUCCACCACCGCACGCCCGACCAGCAACAAUCACACCGGUUCAGUAGUUAGUUUACUUAACAGCAACAGUCGUUUACUCGUACGUUUAGUGUGUAGAUCGUCGUAGGUUCGCAGGGCGAACCGUCUUUUUGUAUAGCUUUUAUUAUUAUUAAGUAAGUAGUGUUACCAGCGCAAAACCAAUUAUCUGCAAAAAUGGCCAAAUUCAGCGGGAAGAAGUGCCGGCUGCUCACCGUGAUGACCCUGACGGUGUUCUUUUUCUUCGUCGAAAUCGUCGUCGGAUAUCUGACCAACUCGAUGGCCCUGGUGGCCGACAGUUUCCACAUGCUGGGCGACAUCGCCGCCCUUGUGAUCUCCUUCCUAUCAAUUAAGAUGUCACCAAAGAAAUGGUCCAAAAACACGUUCGGCUGGGCCAGAGCGGAAGUGCUCGGCGCGCUGGUCAAUGCAGUAUUCCUGGUUGCGCUGUGCUUCAGCAUAACGAUAGAAGCCUGUAAAAGAUUCAUUGAAGUGGAGCACAUACACGAACCAGAACUUCUGAUCUGGGUUGGUGUCAUCGGACUGCUAGUCAACCUACUGGGGCUAUGCUUGUUGCACAAACAUGGAGGUGGACACAUGCACUCGCACGGUGGAAUAUCCCACCAACACGGCCUGGGCUCCCACAACAAUCUGACCCAUGUGGCCAAUUCCGACGACAAUGAAAAUAAAUCAUUCAUGUAUCAGAAUGGCAAUCCUCCACCUAAGAAGACUUCCCACCACGGUCACUCGCACGACUCAUCCCAGAUGAAUAUGCGUGGCGCAUUCCUGCACGUGCUCAGCGACGCCCUCGGCAGCGUGAUUGUGAUAAUCAGUGCAUUGGUCGUCCGCUACACCGAAUGGGAGUACAAGUUGUACAUGGACCCGGCCCUGUCCGUACUGCUGGUGAUAUUGAUUCUGAACUCCGUAUGGCCCCUGCUGCGGGAAUCGGCACUGAUUCUGCUGCAAACCGUGCCAACCCACAUCCAGGUCGAUGCCAUCCAGCGGCGCCUGCUGGAAAAGGUUGACGGUGUGCUGGCGGUGCACGAGUUCCACGUGUGGCAGCUGGCCGGCGAUAGGAUCAUUGCGUCCGCUCACAUCCGCUGCCGGAACCUGUCCGAGUACAUGAAGAUCGCCGAGAAGGUGAAGGAAUUUUUCCACAACGAAGGCAUCCACUCGACCACGAUUCAGCCGGAGUUUGUCGAAAUCGAAGCGCUCAACAGCUAUUCGGGAUCUGACGGAAUCUCGACCAGCUUGAACGGUAGUGCUACACAGGACUGCUGUGCCCUAGACUGCCCGACUACUGAGGAAAGUAGUUGUAUCAAAGCCACAUGCUGCCAAAACAACAAUACCAUUAAGAACCAACCAGCAUCACCAACCCCUUCACCAUUUUUGUGUCGCCAAAGAAAUCCCAGGACUGGAGAUGAUGUCGAAUCAGGUUCCCUAUUGGACCAAGCCAAUCAGACAUCCGGCUCGGUAGACGUGGACGGAAACGGCAUGCCAAAGAUGACAGUCUGACGGCCGACAACCAACGAUCUUCAGCAUUCAGCACGUACUUUUCCUCGCUCUUCUUUACCUUCCGCGUCCUACCGUAACCCCGACCCGUUCCCGAACAAUCCUCUACGCCCGUUGUCUUCAUCGUCGUUGUCCUUUCUGAGUAGAACCAACAACAACAACGCUAGCGGUAACUCUUCGUGCAAACAACCACUUUCCCCACUCGCAGGCUGUGAUGGUCGACAUAAAAUAUUUAACCUAAGCUCUAGUAAUCUUAAUGCUGACAACGGCCGUGCUGUUCAUGAUGGCCAAUCCGUCGUCCAUAGUGCUAAUUAUAGUGGUAUCUGUAAAUUGAACCGAGCGCCAAACAACCACGCCGCCAUGAUACUGGGAGGUACAUCGUCGCUGACCUCGUCCCUGGCCUCGAUCUGUUCGCUGUCCGGAACGAAAAGUGGCGUCGAACGUGUGGGCAGAACAGAGGGGGGAGAGGCAAAUUGUUCCAAGAAUCGGAUCGGAACCGGCGGUGACGGUAGUCUGUCCAGAGGACGGCACUACAACCUACAAGCGGCCUCCAGCAGUUUGCUGGAGAGCUACGUAAAUGGUUCAGAUUCACCCCUGCGGAACCUGUACUGUCAGUGUAAGCACCAUGCUGCGGAGUGAGACAAAACCCUUUUUUGCGUAUAUUACUGUUAGGAUUAAAUUAGUAUUUUUGUCCGAAGUAGGAACAACAAAUUUGAACAAUAGAACCGAGUGCGUAGGUUGAGUUCAAGCAAGGGAAACUUUUUGUGAGUUUUCGAUUGAGUUCUGACGUUGUAUUUUUUAUUACUCUUGUGAGAAAGCAAAUAGUACUAGUUUGUUGGUAGAUAACAAAGAUUUUUAUAUGAUGAAUAAACAAAGUAUUUUACGUCUUAGUACAAUUGAUACUGAAACUCUAAGAGAAUACGUUGAUGGCGUGCAAUCGUUCACAGUGA